CCCUUGCCGAGGUCCGUCGCGCUACGAAGCACUACCGCUGCCAUCUGGAGCUGCGCACUGCCGUCGCCGUUGCAUGUCAAACCCAAGCAUCGCACCGACCGGACUUUGUUUAGUCUCCUCUUGUCGUGUUACAUUUGAUCGCCUAAACUCUCCGAUCUCUGUGUAGCCAGCGGACUCAUCAGUAUUCCCCCAUCGUCCGACUUCGUACGUUCCAUUCGCUGCCUUCAUCUCGUAGAAGAUAUCCGCCUCUCCACCCGUCAUCAUAUCCCUCCUCCGCAUUGUGAUACCAGCCACUCAUUGCCUCUGUACAUCUUUCGUACCUACGCUCUAAGAACAUGCCUGUCCCCGAGUCUGAGUACCUGAGUCCGGUGUGGAAGGAUGGAAUCUUCAAUGAUAGAGUCGCCUUUGUUACCGGCGGCGCUGGCAGUAUUUGCAGCGCCCAAACCCGGGCCCUCGUCCGUCUCGGAGCAAACGCUUGUAUCAUCGGCCGCAACGUCGAAAAGACAGAGGCCAUGGCCAAGGACCUGGCUACUGCCAGGCCCGGCGCCAAGGUCAUCGGCAUUGGUGCUUGUGAUGUGAGAAAUCCCCAGAGCCUGCAAGAUGCCGCAGACAGAUGUGCCAAGGAGCUCGGUGGCAUCGACUUUGUCAUUGCGGGCGCCGCUGGUAACUUCGUUGCACCUCUGUCCGGCAUGAGCCCCAACGCCUUCAAGGCCGUUAUUGAUAUUGACGUCCUGGGCACUUUCAACACCAUCAAGGCCACCAUUCCUUACCUGGUCGAGUCGGCAAAGAAGAACCCUACACCUAGCAACAACGGCCGGACAGGCGGUCGCAUCAUCUUCGUCUCGGCAACCUUCCACUGGACGGGUAUGCCGCUACAGGCCCAUGUGUCAGCUGCCAAGGCCGCUGUCGACGCCCUCAUGGCCUCGGUGACAUUGGAGUACGGCCCCUUUGGAGUCACGAGCAAUGUCAUUGCCCCGGGUCCGAUCAAGGACACGGAGGGUAUGCAGCGGUUGGCCAGCAGCAAGCAGGACCAGUCAAAGGCCGACGCUUUGGUGCCCCAGGGUCGCUGGGGCGUUAUCCGAGACAUUGCCGACGCCACGGUCUAUCUGUUUAGCGACGCCGGCAACUUCGUCAACGGCCAGGCGAUCCCUGUUGACGGCGGCGCCUGGAGACGGGGAGGCGCGCUGGCAGUGGGAACUGACGAAAACAUGCAAUACCCAGACUUCCUCCUGAAGGGAGAGUUCUCGAAGAACGUCAAGAGCGGACGCAAGGAUUCCAAGCUGUAGACCGGUGAGCUUGUUUUUGGAGGCCCAUGGGAAUGCUUUGAAGAGCCCAUGGGUACAGAACAAGGACCGAGACCGUAAGUCAAUAUCUCACGGGCAGUGAUUGCCGACCUGCCCUGCCUGUAAGAUACUCAGAGUGCGGAGAAUACCACUUCAUUAUAAUGUGUCAGCUCCUGUUGCCUUCAGGUGUCUUCUGGCAUCUGGCGGGCCCUUAAGAAGAACUUCCAUCUGCUGAAGUUGCGGACAUGAUGUCUGGACGAGCUCGAAAGUAUAGUCGGCCCUCGGAACAGAGAGCUAGCCAGGCACAUUUUAUGCCGAAGUUACCAUUCCAGCG